CUGUUUAGUCACAGAGGAAGGCUGUGCUUCUCUGGUCUCAGCUCUGAGGUCAAACCCCUCACACCUGAGAGAGCUGGACCUGAGUAACAAUGACCUGAAGGAUUCAGGAGUGAAGCUGCUCUCUGUUGGACUGGGGAAUCCCCACUGUAAACUGGAGACUCUGAGACUCGCUGGCUGUAAACUCACAGACACAUCCUGUAAAGUGUUGGCCUCAGUUCUCAGUUCAAACCCGUCACACCUGAGAGAGCUGGAUCUGAGUAACAAUGACCUGAAGGAUUCAGGAGUGGAGCUGCUCUCUGCUGGACUGGGGAAUCCCCACUGUAAACUGGAGACUCUGAGGCUGUCAGGCUGUCUAGUCACAGAGGAAGCCUGUGCUUCUCUGGUCUCAGCUCUGAGGUCAAACCCCUCACACCUGAGAGAGCUGGACCUGAGCUACAAUCACCCAGGAGACUCAGGAGUCAGACUGCUCUCUGCUGGACUGGAGGAUCCACACUGCAGACUGGAGAAACUCAAUGUGGAACAUGGUGGAGAGAACAGAAUGAAACCUGGACUUAGAAAAUAUGUCUGUGAUCUCACACUGGACCUAAACACAGUAAACAAACUCCUCUCUCUGUCUGAGGAGAACAGAAAGGUGACAUGUAGGAGAGAGGAGCAGCCGUAUCCUGGUCACCCAGAGAGAUUUGAGGACUGUGGACAGGUGCUGUGUAGAGAGGGUCUGACUGGGCGCUGUUACUGGGAGGUAGAGUGGAGUGGGAGAGGGGCUGAUAUAGGAGUGACAUAUAAAGGAAUCAGCAGGAGAGGAGAGGGUGAUGAAUGUUGGCUUGGAUUCAAUGAAAAGUCCUGGAGUCUGUUCUGCUCUGACAACCGUUACAUUGCCUGGCACAAUAAUAAUCCCACUACCAUAGACGUCCCCUCCUCCAUCUCCCACAGAGUAGGAGUGUAUCUGGACUGGCCAGCCGGCACUCUGUCCUUCUAUAGAGCCUCCUCUGACACACUGACCCACCUGAUCACAUUCACCUCCACAUUCACUGAGCCCCUCUAUCCAGGGAUUAGGGUUUGGGAUGAAGGUGACUCAGUGUCCCUGAAAUAAUAACGUGACAUGAAUCAGUGUCCCUCUGUCAGUGAUACACUGGACACAGACUGGAUUCACACAC